CCUGCUCGGCUCGGCGGCUCAGCGGAAGGCGGAGCACGUCUGUUUAUGAAAUGCAGUUUGCUUCACAAGUUCUCUUAAAUAAAUUUCUUUAGGUUAAUUUUGUUCUCUGUCGCACCUUUUCGUCGCUACCUUUUUGUAUUUUUACUAUUGUAUCUUCGUAGAUCCAAGUCGGUUCCAAGGGUCGAACUAAGUUACUAGACGAUCGGUUUUGGCGAUUAAUUUUUAUUUCUUGUGUAUUUUUGGCAGUAUUAUGAACUUGUUUAUCUGAGUUAUUCAUCAUUAAAAUCUGAGAUUCAUUCAUUCAGCGAUCUUAUCUGUAUAUUUUGUUGAUGCCACAAGAUGAGAUGGAUCCUAGGGACUCUGAUAUAGUCUUUCUUGAAGAAGUCAAUUGCAGUAAAAGUGAAGGCAAUGCAGGGAAUGCGAUUCAGUCUAAUGGAAACCCUCUCAAGGAUGAAAUCAUAUCGUCCUGUAAUGGUGACGACAUCCACGAAGAUGUUCCCGACUUUGAUGAUUUGGAGGUGCUAGAUUGUUGGGAAGAAGUGGAAGAAAGCAAUGAAGAAACUGAGGAUAUUGAACCUUCCAAAGAAAAAAGGGAGGAGCCUGUUCAGAAAAAGGGAAGUGAAGUCAACCCCCCUAUAAGUAAAAAAACGGAGGAACCCAGCAAAACUUCAAAAGCCGAUAAGGCUGCAACAGUAAACAAAUUGACAUCUCCAGAGAAUCCCAAGACAGCCUCUUAUAAUAGCUUAAAAGCAACAGAACCUGAUGUUGAAAAAGCUUCUGACAAGAAGGUGAAAGACUCUGCAAACAAUGCCUCAGUCAAAUGUUCUUCAAACAAGACAAAAGAUGGAGAAAAAGUUAAUGUUAAGAAUGUUCAUCAAGAAUCAAAAAAGAAUAGCUCUCCCACCUUUACAUCUAAUGCCCAUCAGAGUAGUGCAAUAGAACCUGAUAAAUCAUCCUCAAGAUCUCAUGAAAGUUCUAAAGAUAAACAGACAUCUCAGAAAAAAUCUAAUGAUAAGGAUUUGUGUAGAUCUAGCCCUAAUCUUCCAAAAGAUCCAACUGAAACUAAGGUUGACAGGUUUUUAAAAGAAAUGGCUCUUCAGCAUCCUCAUAUAGUCAGUUUAAAUGAAACACCUCAUGAUGAAAAAUUACUUGAUGCUAUCAGCAGUGAUUCAAGUAAGCAUUCAAGUAUUGUGAGUCCGCCAGGGGUGGACCCUUUUGAUCUUCCCCCUGGAGUUGAUAUGGAUCAAGUAGCCCAAGACACAGGAACGUCUCUUUUGCUUAAUGCAAUCAGACAAUCCCAGACACAGCCAGGUAGGGGAAACCAAGAAGAAUAUCGACAAUUACCCAAGGAAGGUGCAGACUCAUCAAAAGUAAUAAGCAGAGUUAAAGAGGGAAGAAGCAGAUCACCAUAUUCCAAAAAUCAUCAUAAAAGUAAAAUGGAGAGAGCUGUUGGAUCACCUGUGAGUUCCCGUGAAUCGUUUUCUCUAUCUCCUACACCGUCUCCAAGAUCUCGUCGGUUGUCACCAUCUUCUGUUCAAUACCCAAGAGUACCUCCAACUUUUAAUUACAUGGUUUCAAAUAUGGAUCCAGGAUACUCAGAAAGACCAUAUCCACCUCCUUUAAUUGAAAGAAAUAGGUAUCAUAGAUCUCCAGUUAGAGAUCCACGUGACCUGUCAAGAUCCUUGUCCAGAGAACGGUCACGUCAUCGAUCACGAUCAAGGUCUUGGUCUAGAGGUAGAACGUUUGUAAGACGCAGGUCCCGGUCCAGACACCGCUAUUCCUCUAAAGAAGAACACUUUCGAAGGUAUCGUAGAAGCUCAUCAAAUACUAGAUCACCGACCCGAAGAAUGAGAUCUAGGUCUCGCUCUCAGUCUCGCUCCCAAUCUCGCCAUCAAUAUAGGAAUAAAAGAUCGCCUUUGUGGGAUGAUGAACAAAGAUCAAAAAGACCUCGCUUAUCUAGGUCUAUUUCAAGAAGUCGGUCUCCAUGGAAAUCUCAUGCGGAGUCUUUAUCAAAUGAGUGGCAUACAAACUAUUCGGAUGGCAAUAGAAAUACCCUUGUAGAUGAGGAAGUCAAGUUGGAACAUGACAUGGCUCGAUUUAUUGCAACCAAUAUUGCUGCUACAGGCCUGCGGCCUCCUGUUAGUAAUGUAACAGGUUGGUUUGAGACUGAAGUCAAACCACAUGAUAAACCAUCCAAUAGUCAAGCUAUUCCAGGACCUCCUCCAGAUAUAAUUGACCAUGGUAUGCCUCUCCCACCCCCUCCACCAGAUAUAUCUGAAUUGAUGACUCCUGAAGAGAUCAAGGAAACAAAGAGUCAGCGAGAAAUGAGCCCAGUUCCAGCUGUGAGUCUAUCGAGUCUUUUGGAAUCUGCUGUCACAGGUUUUCCUGAAAAAGUGAUUUUAGAUCGCUGCCAAGAUGCUAUAAUGAAGCUCCAUGAUGUGAGCAUUAAGCCUGGUCGCUUUGCUGUUAUUUCAACUAUAAAAGUACCACAGGCUAAUCCUUCAUCCACAUUUCAACCAUGGCAAUCUGUACUCAAUCGGUCUCUUGCCAGUAAAAUUCAUUUUACCUAUAGCAAAUUACCUGAACAGCCAGUCUAUUGGAAACCUAAACCAAUUCCAAUAAGAACAGCAUCCUUGCCUGGCAAAGAGGCACUGCCAGGUUCUUCUAGUCAUUCACUCAAAAUCCCAGUUCCUUCUACGGUUGACAUGGAUCGCUCUGCUUUGUUAGAAAAGAUAUUCUUGCUCACAAGAGAAUUGCAGGAAGUCCGUCGAGUGCUUGACAGUCGAUGUACUACCAAAAAGCAUGUUGCAGUGCAGGCGUGUUUUGUAAAUUAUUGUGAUAGUUGUGGAAUUGAAAUAGAAUCUAUGUUGGCUGAUGAAGGACAACCUCAACAAGAAGGUAGCUCCUUUGGUGCAUCCUGCUUCCAACCCAAUAGUUCCUUAGUACAUGAACCAACAAGGCAACCUGUGAUGGAGUAUGAUUCUUCAUGGCAUCAAGUUCCUCUGCCUGUGCCAGCUCCACAGCCAGUGAGACAACCUCAACCAGUGCCAGCUUCAGAGCCAGUUAGACAACCUCCGCCAGUUCCAACUCUGCAGUCAUUGAGACCUUCUCAGCCUGUGCCAGCUCCUCUUCUGGUGCCGCCACCACCACAGAUGGCUCCUAAUUCUGAUUUGAAGCAGAGUAACCCUCAGACCUCUGGGUUGUUGAUCUCAAAUCCUUCUGGUUCAUCACUUCUUGGCCCACCUCCCACUGUGGGACCUAGUCAAACAGUAAACUGGUGUUUGACUGAGCAGCCUGGACCUUCAUCUGGUGUUGGUGGUGCUAUGUCAUUGCAGAGUCAUGUUCCUUUCAGCACUACAGGGCUGCAGUCGGAAACAAAUCAGUUAGUGAAUCAAACCGAACCCAUUCCUGCUUUGAUGUCUUUAGAAGGUGGGGCUAAGAAGAUGACCAAGAACAAAACUGAACCUGCACAGACGGCAGCGCCUCUUCCACCCACACUGAAGCCGAAAGUGAAAAUAAUGGCUCCAGAAGAUUAUGACGUUACCAAAUACCAAAUGGUGGGUGAUGAACACAUGUUUGAUCUCAUUUCUUACCUUUGUAGUGUUGGAAAACAGAUCAACUAUAAUCCAAAAUUUGUUGCCCAUGGAUUGAGCAUUGACAACUUACUCAAAAACGUCAUUGGUGCUGGGCAAAAGCAGGCACCAGUAAUAUUAUUCUUCGGAAUGUAUGAUGGAAACUAUAAUGCAAAAACUCUGUGUAAGUUUAAACAGUUAGUUGGCUUUUUAAAAAAUCGGUGUAGUCAUUUGGUGCUGAUAGAACCACCACCAAUACCAAGAUAUGCUUCAAAGUGCAGACCUGCCUGGAAUUCUUUUAACACCCUAGAACAGGAUUACUCGCCCUUCAAAAGUGAAAAUGUGAGUCUUGUAAGAACAAUGUCAUUUUUACUCUCAAAUUCUGGCGCACCAAACAGGGCACUCUUUGCUGGUGCUCAACGUGUGGGUACGGAUGGACUAAAACUUAUAGCAGAAGAGCUUGAAAAAGUGAUACUUGCAGCAAAAAACAGGCAGAAUCAGUCGAGUUAACUAGCAGAGCAAAUUUCUGUUCUCUUCUUUUAGCUUCUGCUGAAACAAGAACCUAAAAGAGUGUAUUUGAAAAAUUAUAAAAGCUCAAACCAACAAAUGCAUAUAUAGCAGCAAACUACUGUAUAAUAUAUUUUUUUUUUGCAGGACUAUUUGCUGGUUAUUAAAUUGCUUAAAUUGAUUUUUUGUCCUCGCUAUGUUUGGUUUCAACUUUAAGAUAAAUAGUAAAAUAGUUUGUCAUCAUUAUGGGCACUGUUUGUUUAUGUCUUCUAUGUCACUCAUAUCGUGACUGUCUUCUUCAAAAAAGCUCAGCUAAAAGAUCAU